AUGCGUAUCCUGCUGAUUGCCACCAACCGUCACAACCGGGUCAUGAGCCGGAUGCGAGCGCAACCCAUCCCCAUCGGCCUGGCCUACGUCGCCGGCCAUUUGGACCGCUCACGACACGAUGUGAAGCUGGUCGACCUGAUGUUCUCCGACGACAACUACCUCGACGAAGUCGAGCGCACGGUGUUGGACUACAAACCGGAGUUGGUGGGGAUCUCGAUCCGCAACCUCAGCAAUCACAGUUACGUCGACCCGCAGUGGCAGUUGCCCAUCACCAGGAGCGUCAUCGAACGCAUCCGGUCGAUUUCCAAUGCCACCAUAGUCUGCGGCGGGCCGGCUUUCAGCAUCAUGCCGCAGCAGGUCUUCGACUUUGUGCAGCCCGACCUCGGCAUCGCCGGCGACGCCGGUGAGACCUUCGCCGAUCUGGCAAACCGGGUCGAAAUCGGCGAGCCCGACUACCGAGGCAUGACCGGCGUCCUCUACCGUGAAAACGGCGAGAUCGUGUACAACGGUAUGCGCUGUUCGUCGGAUUUCGGCAGCCGUCCCAGCCUCGAUGACCUGGAUAUGCCCAAAUACGCGCAGGCCGGUUUUGGCGUCAGUGUGCUCACCAAGUUGGGCGGGUUUUACUAUCCCACCUCCGCCGACGACAUGCGCACUCCCGAGGGCGCCUGGCGGGUGAUCCGACCCAUCGACGAGGUGGUCGAGGAAGUGUCCGAGAUCACCGGCCGCUACGGAUUGAAGAAGAUAUUCUUCGUCGAUAACUGCUUCAACGUGCCCCUGGAGCACGCCAAGGAACUCUGCAACGCGCUGAUGGAAUCCGACGUCAAGGUGCGCUGGAACACCUGUCUGGCUCCCUACGCCUGCGACGCCGAACUCAUCGGCAUGAUGAAGCAGGCCGGCUGCGGCCUCGUCAUGAUGGGCGGCACCCGCGGUGGUGACCCUCACGAGGGCGACAACGACACGUCGCGCUACGCCACUCUGAAGGAGACCACCGAACUGUGCGAGGCCGGCGACCUCCACUACACCAUCAGCCAGCAGUUCGGCGAGCCCGGCGAGACCCGCGAGUCGGUGGAGAACAAGCUGGAGUUCCUGCGCGGGCUGAAGCCUUCGCUGGCCAACCUCCGCGUCGGCGUCAGCGUCAUGCCCGGCACUGACGUGGCCGCUCGCUGCAUCGAGGAAGGCAUCAUCAAGGACGAGACCGAGCUCAUCGCUCCCACGUUCUACAUGGCCGAGGAGGUUCGCCCCUGGCUGGUAGAUUACCUCCGCGAACUGGUGGACGCCAACCCCCGCUGGGGCCUGAUGUAG